UUUUUUUUUUUUUUUCAUUAUUAUUCCGGGGCGGUUUGGAUUCGCAGCGCCGCUCUCCAGCUGCUGUGGAUUAUUGUUCCUCCUCGUCGACAGAAAGGGACAAAUGGAGGAGUCCAGCUCUCAGAAGUUGGUGUGGGACGGGGACGCCAAGGCGGUGCAGCAGUGUCUGACGGACAUCUUCACCAGCGUGUACACGACGUGCGACAUCCCGGAGAACGCCAUCUUCGGCCCGUGCGUGCUGAGCCACACGUCGCUGUACGACAGCAUCGCCUUCAUCGCCCUCAAGUCCACCGACAAGCGCACGGCCCCGUACAUCUUCAGGGUGGACACCUCGGCCGCUAACAGCACGUCGGAGGGUUUGAUGUGGCUCCGGCUGGUCCAGUCGGCCCGGGACAAGGAGGAGCAGAACCUGGAGGCCUACGUGAAGAACGGCCAGCUGUUCUACCGCUCGCUGCGCCGCAUCGAGAAGGACGAGGAGCUGCUGGUCUGGUACGGCAAGGACCUGAUCGACCUGCUGCUGCUCAGCUCCGGCCGGGCGCCGCCCAAGAGCAAAGGGUCGGCGCCGCUCUCCUGUCCGGACUGCAGCCAGCGCUUCCAGUUCGAGUUCCCCUUCCUGGCCCACCUGCGAUUCCGCUGCACCAAGAGACUGCAGAGCAUCACCGGCGCCGACGAGGAGUCCGGCAAGGAGGGCGGCGCCGAGCGAAACCCCGCCACCCCGACCCGGACCAGCCCCAAGCUGGGCCGCCCCGAGGGCUUCGGCGGCGCUCAGGACUCCAGCAAGCCCUCCACGGACUUCCACAACCUGGCCCGGGACUUGGAGAACAACCGGACGAGUCCUCCGAGCGACAAGGAGGCGGAGAUCUGCAGCGAGAGCUCGGGCAAGAGGAAGUUCUCCGACGUGGAGGAGACGGAGUGCCGGGUGGCCGGCCUCCCGCCCGCCAAGUCGAAAGACGAGCUGGCCACCUCGGCGCAGAACUACCGGGGCGUGUACGGCCUGGAGGAGAACCGCCGCUCCUUCUCCCCGCAGGGCCCCGCGGAGCUGGGCGAGACCAAGCGUAGCGCCUUCACCGAGGUCAAGAAGUCGCCCCAGAACCUCAAGCACCACAGCGGCGGCAAGAGCCUCCAGAGCGCCAACUCGGAGAACAAGGACGGCGGCCGGCCCAGCAGCAACCCUCCGGACAAGCACCUGAACAUCCGGCAGGUGCUGUCGGAGACGCAGCCGCCGCAGACCCCGCCCAUGGGCAGCGCCUUCACGUCGGUGGGCCAGCAGGGCGGCGGCGGCGGCGGCGGGGAGAGGAAGAGUGCCUUCAGCCAGCCGUCCCGCUCCUUCUCCCAGAUCUCCCCGCUGGUGAUGCCCCCCAAGCUGCUGGACUGCCACCCGGCGGUGGGCGACACCAUCUCCUCCAGCAGACUCUACCAGGCCGACCACCUCGCCGCCAAGCUGCAGGGCGCCGAGCUGGGCGCCAACUGCCCCGUGCCGGGCGGCAUGGCCAAGCAGAACCCUUUCGUCUACGCCACGGCCUUCUGGCCCAAGAACUCGGGGCCGAUCCAGCUCCAGAUGCCCUCGGCCCUGACCCUGCUGCCCCCCUCCUUCACCUCGCUCUGCCUGCCCGCUCAGAACUGGUGCGCCAAGUGCAACGCCUCCUUCCGCAUGACCUCGGACUUGGUGUACCACAUGCGGUCCCACCACAAAAAGGAGUACGCCAUGGAGCCCCUGGUGAAGCGGCGGCGCGAGGAGAAGCUCAAGUGCCCCAUUUGUAACGAGUCCUUCCGAGAGCGGCACCACCUGUCCCGUCACAUGACCUCCCAUAACUGAGCCCCGCCGGCGGCUUGUCCGCCGCGGACCGCCGGACUCACCCGGAUUUACAUUCAGACACUUUUGCACUUGUUUUGAACUACAAUCUUCGAAUUCCUCUGCGCUCGGUGGACUUUUCCGUUUCCCCUGUACAAACUCUCACGUUCUGGGUGUAUGCAAUUGCGGUUUGACUUCGAAAAUGAAUCUAUUUAUAAAGCACUUAUAAGUUUUCAAAUAAGGAAGAAUUAAGAUAUGUGUAAAUGUACAGUAAAUUGUAUUUUAUAAGGUGUAAUAUAAUAUACAGAGGAGCUCCAAAUGUAGUCUCACACCUGGUUUACAGCAGACGAAGCUUUUUGUCUUUCUCAUGUGGAUGAUGGCAGGUCGGGAUGUUCGUCUCACUAUGAUUCAGAGUGCAUGUAAUAUUAAAACCAUAUUGAUUUAAGAUGAAGUCUAUACGUGAAAUUGUAAAUAAUUUCUUUCAUUUGAAAUACAAGGUGUAAUAUUUUGUGUCAGUGGGGAAUAGUUUGUGUUUUUUUUGUUUUUUUUCCUUUUGCGGAAAUUUACUUCAUAGUUUAUCUAAUCAUGUUGAAUGCAUUGACAAUAAAAUAGCUUUAUUUUCAA